GUUAAUUUUCAUGUUUAUUUUAACAUACAAUAAAAUUCAUUCGUUGAAUAUGCACUUUGUGAGAGCAAAUUAAUUGUGUCCAUGUGCACAUGUAGCGUUUGUGCGAUUGCUUCUAUUUCGAAUAAUUAAAUGUACUUCACAUAAACACGUGUUAAUUCGUUCGACAUUCAAUUAUAUAUUACAUCACAAGUUUAACACAAGUAUCGAUUUGAUCUUGUCUGACUAAUUAUAACGCAUAUUUCUGCAUUAAUCUCAAUUUAAUCCGUCGAUUAAUUCCAACAUUACUUACACAAUAAUUCCUGUUCGUAAUCGAGAGGUUACAGAAAUAUCCCUGUUGACCAAAUGAACUCAGCCGACUGAUAACAAACAAUUAUUUAUUGUCUUCAAUUACUAAAUUUCAUUUAUUCAUUUCUUAUUUUAUGUAACAUUAUAUCUUACAUGACAACUAUGUGAUUUAUUACAUUUUUUUAGGACUUGAAGUAUCCGAAAGAUUAACAUGGAAAUAAGAAUUAAGAGCGUUGGAGGUUUACCACUGUUUAAUAAAAGUAGUGGAAGGGAAAUAAGUUGUUUUUAGUUAGCAUUCAGCGAUGAAUGAAAAUUUUAAUGAAAAGAAAAAAGAGCAAAAACCAUUAUAUUUUAUUGAAUGAUUAUAAAAGAGAUAAAAUAGUAAACACAAGGUAGCAAAAGGAUAAUAUAAGCAAUGUGUAACAAGAGAAGUGUACUCAUUGGCAAUUAGUGUUGGGUUAAUCAUGUAGGACAAUAAAAGAUUGAAGUUACGACGAUGAACAGAGCUGUUCGAGAAGUACAAUGCCGUAUUAAAUACUUGUGAAUGUGCGCAUUUGUGUAAGUGUCUUGUGCAGGGGAGCAAACACUGAUAAAAUGUGGUGGAAUGUCGCGACAGUGGUGUUGGUGUUGGGGGUUGCCGCAGUAUACUCGCAGGUGGAGAUAGCUGAUCUGGAUAAGCCGGUUCCAAUCGUGAAUGUGAUUGGAGUGGCUGGAAACAAAGGUCAACUACCGUGUGAUAUUCAAGCGCGGGAAAAUGAUCGUGUUAUCAUGGUUUUGUGGUUCAAAGGCGAAGGUGGAACAGCCAUUUAUAACUUCGACGUCCGUGGAAAUCGGCAGUUCAGCAACGCGGGGCUAUGGUCGUCGCCUGCAGGAUUUGGAAAACGGGCGUUCUUCGUUCAUGCUAUUAAACCAGCACACCUCAGCAUCGAUCGAUUGGAGCUUAAAGAUGAAGGCAUGUACCGAUGUCGAGUGGAUUUCGAGAAUUCGCCGACUGUUCAUCAAAACAUCAAUCUCACUAUUAUAGUGCCACCAGAACGACCAGUAAUCUGGAAUUGUGAUACUGGGAAUCUAUCUAACAUCACAGAGACGUAUAAUGAAGGUAGUGACGUCAAAUUAAAAUGUGAAACGCAUGGAGGUCGACCACCACCAAGGCUGAUUUGGUACUUGGACAAUGUCGUUAUUGAUGACUCGUAUCACUAUGACAGCAAGACAGACAUGACAGUGAACAUAUUGAAUUAUCCGAGAAUCGGCAAACAGCACCUCAAGGCUCGACUAAUCUGCCAAGCCAAUAACACGAAUCUUGUGCCUCCGGAAACAAACUUAGUGAUUCUCGACGUCAAUUUAAAACCACUUGAUGUGAAAAUACUGACAAAGGAGCCAAGGGUUUUGGUAGAUAAAAAAUACGCAUUCGAGUGUAGUGCUGUGGGUUCGAGACCAGAGGCAGUGAUUAGUUGGUGGAAAAACAACAAACAAAUAACGGAAAUGGUACAGAAUUAUCCAGCAGAGAACAAUCAGAGCAUCAGCAUCCUCGAAUUCGUGCCGAGCAUUGAAGACGAUGGAAAGUACCUGACUUGCCGUGCUGAGAAUCCAUUGAUUUCCGACAGUACGCUUGAGGACAAAUGGCGGUUGGACGUGCAGUAUCAGCCGGUAGUGACCCUUAGGAUGGGAGUCACUCUCAAUCCCGAUGAUAUCAAAGAAGGAGACGAUGUUUAUUUUGAAUGUAUGGUUGAAGCUAAUCCAAAAGCUUAUAAAUUAGCUUGGUUCAAAGAUGAUAAAGAACUAAAGAAUAAUGCAACUGCUGGUAUUGUUUUAAGCGAUCGCUCUCUGGUACUUCAGAGUCUGACUCGCGCUGCUGCAGGUGAAUACAAAUGCUUGGCAGCAAAUAGUGAGGGAAAAACUGAAAGCAAUACAAUGAAACUCCAAGUAAUGUAUGCUCCAGUAUGCAAAGAAGGUCGAAGUGAAGUUGUCGUUGGUGCAUUGAAGCAAGAAACAGUGUCACUAAUAUGCGCGGUGGAGAGUCAUCCAGAACCUUUAACUUUUCAAUGGACCUUCAACAACUCAGGGGAGCUUGUGGAGGUACCACAAUCGCGACACUCCCAUGUAUCAAUAGGAGCAAGCGGUCGUGGGUCCACCGAAAGUCUUAGAGAGUAUCAACAAUUUCAUGGCUCAAGACUGAACUACACACCGGCAACGGAAAUGGAUUACGGAACGGUAGCGUGCCGAGCUACCAACCAGGUCGGAAGGCAACUAACGCCCUGCCUCUUUCAGGUCAUUGCUGCAGGCCGUCCAUAUCCUCUUCAUAAUUGUACAGCAACUGAAAUGUCAAAUAAUGUUGAAACUGAAGACUAUAUUGCUAAAUCAGGCUCGGGGUUGUUGAUACAUUGCCUGGAGGGUUACGAUGGUGGUUUACCUAUUCAAAGCUACCAGAUUGAGGUUGUUGCUGAAGAUGAUGAAAACAAAAUUAUUUUAAACAGAACAAUCUUGGCAGGUCUCAAUGGACCAAACUUUGAUGUGGCAGGCUUGACUACUGGCAGAAGUUAUAGAUUAUUUCUUUAUGCAGUCAACAGUAAAGGAAGAAGUGAACCAACGAUUCUUGAACCUGUUACUCUCAGAGGUGUGGCCAUGUAUACAACGGGAAAUACGGAAGCAUCAGUGCUGAGUCCGUUGUUACUUGGUUUAGCAGCAACAGCUACCCUCUUGGCACUUGCAGUGGCCGGAAUUCUGGCUGCUCUGUACCGGAAACAUUCGGGUGGCAGACCCGGAAGUCCUAAGCAUGCCCCAAUCGUUUGUGAGCCACCAAAUGCAGGUGCUACCACUCCGAUGCACUCACACAGUAAACAAGCAGCAGACGACAUGGACCCUGAUAUAAUACCUAAUGAAUAUGAGCGAAGACCUUUGACUUAUACUUCAAUCUACAAAACUUCACCACAGAGGAGGCGGAAAGAGUUAGACGUAGAUGAGGAUGUAUCACCAGAAAAAAAGCUAAUAGUAGACUCGAGUGUAGAUCUACAUUCUGAAGGCAGAUUGAUGGAUUAUACUCCAGCUAUUAAUUAUUUACAAAAUCACAUAGCUCAACAAGACACUUUUAGUCAUCCACCAACGAUUGAAGACUUCAAACAGAUGGCGAUGGAUGCUUAUAAUCAACGUAAUAAUCAAAAUAUAUAUUAUAGUCUUCAAAGAUCCAGUAAAGGUCUUUCAUCAAUCACACAACGACCAGUGUCUUCCUCUAUAUCGGCACAUGGCAAAAUCCAUCAACCGGAAGUAGUUACACGUUCCAAUAGAAUACAAGAGAGCUGUAUAUAAAAGAAGUGAUAGGUAUGUAAAACAGACAUUAUAUAUUCGUGGAAAUCUUUGCUUGAAAAUGAUGCAAAUUUUGGAAAAAUGACAACUUUUUCAUCUACUAAAAGUACAUGUCCUUUUUACAUAUGUAAAAUAUCGUACAUAUGAUUAGAAAAAAUUUCAAUUGCUAACUUGUAAAUGUUCAAAUAACAUUCAAAUGAAUGGAAAUUUUAAGACGAGCUAUAAACUGCCGAAAUUUAAGUGAAAAAAAAACACAAUUUUAAUGGCGAAUGAAUAAAUGUAACAGAAAAUAGUUCUUUGUUGUACAAACUAGCGUGACUAAUGGAAGUUCAAGAGUUUAUAAAUACACAGUAGGGUAAAAUAGAGAAAGAUGGUCACGGUCUUGGCGUUUACUAUAUGUCGGAACGUUUACUAAGUUUAACAGCCCUCUAAUAGGAAAAAGUCGUAACUUUUCAGUGUUUCAUAUCAUAAUAUGGUGAAACCAGUAAUUUUGAUCUACUAAGAACAAAUCUGACAUCCUCGACAGUUUAAAUUUAUAAUACAAUUAAACUUUAAUUAAUAUACAUCGUAAUUUACAUAAAUUUACAUCGAUUUUUGUACUGAAUUUUUUUUAAAAAAGCAAUUCAAAUACUUUAUCUAUGAAUAAUCUUAAAAAAUAAAAAUUUAAAUAAACAAAAAAAAAAUGAUUUUAAGGUAAACAGGUCAAUGAAUAAACAACUCUGAUACAAAAUUGGAAAGUAAAUAAAAUAUAUUUACAAACUUCGAUAUCAUUUGUAUUUUUCAAAAAUUUUUAUAUUUAUCCAUCGAUCCGUUUACACUUGAUAAUAAAAUUUUACAACUUAACAUUGUGUUUAUCUCGUAGUCUUUUUAUCUCUUAAAGUAACAAAAUAGGGUUGAUUUUUAUUUUUUUAAAUUGUCGUUUAAACUAUUAAAUGUAAUAAAUAUUAAAUAGAGUCUCAAAAUCAUCAACUUUUUUAUGACCAUCUUACUUAUUUAUACUCUAAACA